AUGUCCAAAAGUUCCGAAACUGUCGAUAAUAACGGAUUUAUUAUACCGAAUAAUGAUCAAGACCCCGUAGUGGAUUCACCAGCAGAGAGGUGGCUUAAUUGGUUAGGUCAAACGAAUUUAGGUAAAUGUUCGACAGUGAUAACGCUAUUAUUUGGAAUUUAUGUAAGGUGGAACGUAGGUUUAAAUCCAUACUCUGGUCAAAAUAUUCCGCCUAUGUAUGGAGAUUAUGAAGCUCAAAGACAUUGGAUGGAAUUAACAUUACAUGUUCCAAUGAAUCGGUGGUAUUACUAUGAUUUGGAAUGGUGGGGUCUUGAUUAUCCCCCAUUAACAGCUUACGUUAGCUGGAUCUGUGGUAAAAUAGGAUCUAUGUUUAAUCCAGAAUGGUUUGCACUAGAUGUGUCACGUGGAUUUGAAAGCGAGGAAAGUAAAUUGUUCAUGCGGUCUUCCGUAUUGAUCCUUGAAUAUUUGAUAUACGUCCCAUCAGUUAUUGUGUUUGUAAAUUGGUGGCUUGCCAGUAAAUCAUGGCAAAAGCGCGUACCAGUAUUAUUUAUUCUUCUUCAGCCUGCUUUAAUAUUAAUAGAUCACGGCCAUUUUCAGUAUAAUUCUGUAAUGCUAGGACUUACAGUAUGGUCAUUGAAUUGCUUUUUCUAUGAAUAUGACGUUAUAGGAAGCGUUGCCUUUUGUCUUGCGUUGGGGUUUAAGCAAAUGUCACUUUAUUUCUCUCCUGCUAUUUUUGCUUAUUUAUUAGGAAAAUGCAUAAAAAACAAACCCCAAGGAUUUAUCCUUUUUGUAAAGUUAGGUGUGACAGUGAUUAUCACGUUUGCUAUCAUGUUUUUCCCUUUUUUAGAUUCGGUUGAACAUAUUUCGCAAGUUAUUAUUCGUAUGUUUCCUUUAAACCGUGGAUUGUAUGAAGAUAAGGUGGCCAACUUUUGGUGUGCUAUAAAUAUUAUCAUCAAGUUACGCGAAAUGUUUGAAAUUCAUGUAUUAACAAGAAUAAGUUUAUUUGCAACUCUGCUAGCUAUUCUACCGUCGUGUAUAAACCUUGGUUUAAAUCCCGAUAAACAUCGACUUGUUUAUUGUUUAGCGAAUUCCGCGUUGGCUUUUUUUAUGUUUUCUUUCCAGGUUCAUGAGAAGUCUAUAUUAUUGCCCGCAUUACCGAUUACACUAUUGAUUUUAGAUGAACCAUUCUGGAGUAGUUGGUUUAAUAAUGUUGCUUUAUUCAGCAUGUUUCCUUUGUUGAAAAAAGAUCGGUUGAUUUUACCUUACUUUGUUAUAUGGUUUAUGUGGAACUGGAUGGGAUCUUUUGUUCAACGAGACGUGAAACCAGUAGUAUUAAGAUAUAUAUCUUGGGUAAUGACUAUAAUAUUUGUAAUUUUUAAAGAGAAAUCUGAUUAA